GACGGCAACUGCGAAGGAUGUUGCGAUAUCUUUGGCAGCCAGAGAACGCUGUGGUUGCAGAGAUUGGAGCAUAGGGUUUACAAAAAUAUCCGACCGCCCUUUAAUAUUUUUUACGGACGUGUCACGUUUUGAGCUUUAUUUUAAACAGUGUGGCCGACGAAGGGCUGCCUUGCGCAAGACAGGGUGAGCGACAUUGAAAAAAAAAUCUGGUUAUCGUCAGUUGAUGUGAUUAAAUGGCUACCCGCGCAGCUAUGAGCCACCGAACGGCCACACAGCUCGACUGAGGAUGGGAAUACUGGACCAGCGAGGCUGCUUUCCACCGCACUCGAAGCCCCGCAACGCCAGAGGAUAACCUGGAUAAGCUUAAAUACGAAAUGUCAUAGCGGGUGAGGAGCUAGCAUCUAGCUAGCUGCAACGAGAGAUGGAACAGAACACCGAUGUUUUCAUUGGAUAAAACGAGCUAAAUAGCUUCAAAAGGAGACUACCCGAAGGAUGCUGUUAUAGCCUCAAUUCAUUUACAUAACAGCUAAGAGCAACGCGUUUUCAUUUUGCUACCAAUUUUUUAUGUUUCGGCGACAUCGACACUAAUUUCAGCGUUUGGAUGCUGCAAAUAGACACUCUGCCAAAGCAUCCCUAUUAAGAUUAAGAUUAAAAAAAAUCCUGUCGUAUUGGACGCCAUGAGGAAGUUCUUCGAUUCGCGUCGUGAGUUGGUUAGUUCCGGACCUGGUUCUGGAGGAGGUGGCAGCAGCUCCGGGUCCAGCCAUGCCGGAGGAAACUUCAUCGGGAGAGCCUUCACUGUGGGCCGCCACCAAGUCACCGUGGAGGAGAUUAUAGCCGAAGGUGGCUUUGCAAUCGUGUUUCUGGUGAAGACAAACCAGGGUGUGCGCUGCGCCCUGAAGAGGAUGUAUGUCAACAAUGAGUACGACCUGCAGGUGUGCAAGUGCGAGAUUCAAAUAAUGAAAGACCUCAUGGGCCACAAGAAUAUUGUGGGCUACCUAGACUCCAGCAUAACAGCCAUGGGGUCAAGGGAUGUGUGGGAAGUCUUUAUACUGAUGGACUAUUGCAAGGGUGGCCAGGUUGUUAAUUUGAUGAAUCAAAGGCUGCAGACAGGCUUCACAGAGAUGGAGGUGCUUCAGAUCUUUUGCGACACCUGUGACGCCGUGUCUCGCUUGCACCAGCGCAAGACCCCCAUCGUCCAUAGGGACCUUAAGGUGGAGAACAUUCUCCUACACGACAAAGGUCAUUAUGUGCUCUGCGACUUUGGCAGCGCCACUAACAAGUCAUUGAGUCCACAAACUGAAGGUGUUGCCGCUGUGGAGGAAGAAAUUAAGAAGUAUACCACUUUGUCAUAUCGGGCACCUGAAAUGGUAAACCUUUACAAUAACAAGAUCAUUACCACCAAAGCUGAUAUCUGGGCGCUGGGAUGUUUGCUCUACAAGUUGUGCUUCUUCACUCUGCCCUUUGGUGAAAGUCAGGUGGCCAUUUGCGAUGGCAGCUUCACCAUUCCGGACAACUCCCGCUAUUCUUACGAUCUCCACUGCCUCAUUCGCUUCAUGCUAGAACCUGACCCAGACAAAAGGCCAGAUAUCUACCAGGUCUCCUACUUUGCCUUUAAACUGGCACAACGCACUUGUCCUGUUCAGAAUACGAAGAAUUCUUCAAUUCCUGCCAAACUUCCUGAGCCAAUCAAAGCGAGUGAAGCAGCCGCAGCCAAGAAGAGUCAGGCCAAGCCCAGACUAACAGACCCGAUCCCCACCACUGAAACUUCCAUCACACCUCGCCAGAGGCCCAAAGCAGCUCAUACUCAGACCGCUGCCGGCAUCCUUCCCAUCCAGCCCGCUGCCCUCACCCCACGUAAACGGGCUAAUCUCCCUGGUGGGGCAGCUCAGCCUGUUGGAGUGAGCUUGGACCUCUCGCAGCCAGCUGCGGCUCUCCAGUCACAGAAGGCGCAGACUUGUGCUUUGCCUCUCCUCCAGUCACAAAACAAUUCCAGUCUGGCCACAGUGGCACAGAAGCAGCCUGCUGUAGGAGCAGAAGCUACCGCCAACGUGGUGGCACCUGUGUCCAAGACAGAUGUUCAACCGCAAACCCAAGCACAGCCAUCCACAACCAAGCCAACGGCCCCGCCACCGUCGGCGACCAGCGCCACCUCACAGCAGGCGGCGCAGUGUCCAUCCAGCCCGGCCGCACCGCAGCGUCCAGCUAGACGCAAGGUACCCGUCCAGGCUCAAACACCUGCCGCUCAGCCGUCUCCCAACAAAUCAGCCGCCGGUCAAUCAACGUUUGAGCAGCAACCACAACCUACGAGUCAGCCAUCGGUCAUCCAGGCACAGUCGGCCGCCGCGGAGGUCAGACAAAAAGCAGCUGAGACCACUCCUCCUGCAUCCCCAAAGACAGUGGUGGUGCAAAGCCCCAAACAUGUCCCAAGUGAUGAUACAGCGAGCGCAACCAAUGGAGGCAACGGAGAUGCCUCACUAGCAGCUGAGGAAGACAUUGUCCAUAGCACUCAAGUUGGCUCCAUCCAGCCUCAAGUUGAUCUUGUCCAGGACCAAAACAAUGUCUCCACCUCCAGCGAUGACACCACUGCGCCACCCACGUGGAACCCGUUUGACGACAAUGACAGCUUCUCCAGCUUCACAGCAGAGGAAGUCAAACCCAAGGAUGCCAAGCCUACUGAACCGCCCUCAGAGUGUGAAACACCCUGUGGAGAGUUGAUACCAGGCUUGCAACCUUCAGAUGUGGAAAAUGCAGAACAACUCUCUCAAGCUGAAAGACCAUCAGCAAUCGUGGACGUGGAUUCCGGUGCAUCACUGUUAGUCAUCCCAGACCCAUUCCACACCCUUGAACUGUCCAAUGCACCAGAGAAGCUUAUUGAAGGACUAAAAUCUCCAGACGUAUCUUCACUCGUGCUUCCCGAUCUGCUGUCUUUGUCGGAUCCUUUUGGAGGUUCUGUGGAGGACUCUGCAAAAGAUCACAUCACUGCUGACACCUCAUUGCUGGGAUGUUCUCUGAUCUCCGGUCCGUCCGCACCUCCAGUAGCCGCGAGCAGCGCAGCGUCCUCCUCGGUGUCCUCCGCCUCUGCUACUUCUGCUUUAGAUGAUUUCGGUUUGCUGUCUGGAGAAUCUGCACAGCCAAAAGCAUCAGACUCUUCGGCCCUCAUCUCAGACUUGGAGCUUCAGCAAACCGAGGCGGCCACAGAAGAUGAGUUUGACCCCAUCCCUGUCACCGGGCGAAAGAACUCUCAAGUUUCAGGAGGCCACUCACGCAGUAACAGUGGCGGCUCUGAAUCCAGCCUGCCCAGCUUGGCCCGCUCCCUUCUGCUGGUGGACCAGCUCAUCGACUUGUAGGCCGUACCCCCUCCAUAGAAGCCCUAACACUGGAUUGGAGUCAUGUCAUAGCUCACAUAGGGUUACCAUCUUCAUUCUAGUGCGUCCACCAUCCAUCGCCAUUCGCUCCUUUCCCAUCCUCGCCAUUCACUCCUUUCCCAUCCUGGCCGCUUCAUUGGCUUCACUGUUCUCUCAUCUUUUUCCUCUCCAUCUUCAUCCUUUCUCAAGCUUAACCUUUGAAUAUUACAUGAUGUCUAUUAGCGAAAACAAUAGAUCAUUGUCGUCAUGUACAAUAGGCCUAGUGCUAAGUGGUUGUAGUUCAUUGUGCACAAGUGAAUUUGUUGUUGUUUGCCUUGAUCAGAUUCCUCUUCCGCCCUCUUUUAUUUGCACAUUUUAAGAGCUUAAAAGUCAUAUUUAUCAAAAAUAGACAAAUAUUUAAUAAGAGAAGGGAAAAGGCUACUUUUGCUUUCGAUUCAUUGAUGAAUGAAUGAUAGUAAACAAAAUAAUUUACACAAAGGAGAAGCAAUAAAAGUUAUCAGAAGGCAACAUUUGAGCUCAAGUCUUCACGAACAAGCCUUCUUUUGCACCUUAGCUUGUCCGGCAAGCGUCCAGACUUAAUUUAAAAAAAAAAAAAAAAAAGGAAUAACCCCCGAUCAAUUUCACCUUUCAAAGCUAGACUUCUGCAGCUUUCGUCAAAGGCGCCACUAACAUAUAUAUUUUUUUUAAUUUGGCUCUAAUAUUCCAUUAUAGAAAUCAAAUGUUAUCAUUCGUGAACAAUUCUGUAAAAGGGAAGCUUAAAAAUACUUAUCAUGUACAGGAUGUUGAAGGGUUUGAUGUUAAACCUGCUUAUAAUUAGCUAUAGCCACAUAUCCUACAUUUGUAAAGUUACUGUGAAGAAAAAAUACUUUCCUCGUGCCAUUAAAUAAUAUGUGAACCACAGGGAAAACUGUGCUGAAAAUCACCCCGAAACAAAGCUCUUACUUGUUUUAAAUAUCUUCUGUUUUGAAGUUAGCAAUAGCUUAAUUAGCAGUGUGCCAUAUCAAUUAAAGACGCAUGUGCGCUAAUAGAUGAAUUAUAAGACCACAUUACUGCAUAAAUAGAGCAACUGUUGAUAUUCAGGAGAUUUUCUUUUGCAAUUUACAUGCUCUUCUGACAAUUUAGUAGGAAAAAAUGCAAAAUGUAACAUAAAUGGGCCAUUCUAAAAAGUUGUGGGACCAAAAAUUGUCUUUGAAACUCAAACAUGCUUAAUGUCCCUUGGGCUCCUACUAGUAUAUUCAUGCUGCCUUCAUGUUAUGUCGUGAUUAUGGUAAAUACCACUUGUCGAGUCAAAAACUGCUUGUGAACGCCCCCUGAAGUCAAAUUUUCUACUAGGGAAACUGGAAUUUUAUUAUGAUACCCGAGUUUCAGAAAGGGUGGAGCAGAACAAGAAGUUUUGAAUGGUAAGAAACUAUGUUUUUGCACUUUCUUUUUUUUUUACGCCACCAUCUAAACAUAGAGUACAUGUUUAUAGAUAGUUAUGUUUUUUUAACCAAGUGGUUGCUAAAACGUUCAGUUACAAAAAAAACUUAGUUUGCACUUGGAUGCAAUCCCUUCUUAUUGUAGUUGAUGAUUUAAUAGUUCUAAAACCCUUUUACCUACGCAACAAGUGAAAUGAAAUCCGCGUCUAACCUAAUCCUAACCCGAACAGGACGUACUCUUAACUACCAAUUAGCAAGUAGUAAGGAUUAGGGCUGCAGCUAUCGAUUAUUUUAGUUGUCAAUUAAUCGAUGAACUAGUUUGUCCGAAUAAUUGAGAAAUCGGAUAAGGAACAUAAAAAAAUCUAAAUACCUGGGCUAAACUUCCUCAAACAGUAUAAAAAUUAAAAAAAAUAGUAAAUGCGGAUCUAAGUACAACAAAAGAACAAUUGGCUAACUUACAUAGCAAAAGUCCGCUAGCUCAAAUGCUAUAAAAUGCUAACCUUUUUUUUUUGUACAAUGCUCUUCACGAAUGGUUCAAACACAUAUUCCUACAAAAAAACGGCUAAAUAUACUUAUAACUAAACUAAACUAACUAAAUUACGAAUGCAUUAAAAAAAACAUUAGCCCAAACAAAAACUUAGUUUAUGUUGGUCUUAACAGGGAGCAGCUGGAUUCAGCCACGUAAAAUGAGUUAUGUCAUACACAUUGUUGCCACUAGAGGGCAGUGUAUCCACCCAAAUCAUUAUAACUAACGUAUUUUUCGGACUAUAAGUCGCACCCGAGUAUAAGUCGCACCAGCCUUAAAAUGCCCAACGAAGAGGAAAAAAACAUAUGUAAGUCGCUCCAGAGUAUAAGUCUCAUUUUUGGGGGAAAUUUACUUGACAAAUCAACACAUACAACAGAUAUGUCAUCUUAAAAGGCAAUUUACAAUAAAAAUACAAUAGAGAACAAUCUGCUGAAUAAGUGUACAGUAUGAUAAUGUUACAUGAUGCAUGAACAACAAAAUGCGAAUGUGGCCGGUAUGUUAACUUAACAUAGCUAUUAAGAGUUAUUCAGAUAACUAUAGUAUAAAGAACAUGCUAAAAAGUUUACCAAACAGUGUCACUCCAAAACACCAAAAUAACAUGUGAAAUGAUAUAAUAAUUUUUUAAUAUUUUCACACAUUGGUCUCUCCAGAGUAUAAAUCGCACCCCCUGCCAAACUAUGGAAAAAAAACGGCGACUUAUAGUCCGAAGAAUACCGUAAAUGCACUUUCAAAAUACUAUUACACGCCACUUUAAUUAAACGAAUACUCGAAGCAGCAAAAUUUAAUUUGAAUCUUUUGUCCAAUCGAAUUACUCGAGUUAAUCGAUUAAUCGUUGCAGCACUAGUAAGGAUCAUCUUUCCCAAAGCGUGUGAAGGCAGCAGCAAUCUAUCUCAGUAUUGUCAAACAUGGGUUUAAAAUGACAUUUUUAAACAGGGAAGGUUAUAUACCGAUGUCCCCACUAGGUAGGGCUACUACACUGCUCAAGUGUUAAACAAAAAUGUCUCAAUAACUAUUUGGUUUUCCAAAAUGAAACCGUAAUAAACAAUUAUUUAGAAAUUCAGUGCCCACCUUUUCUUGUAGACUCCUACUAAAUGCUCAUGAGAACAGACAUUUUAAUUUUUUUUCUCCAUCUCAUCUUUCUUUUAACUCAUUCAACACAUUUAUGACAUUCUGCCCUAUUAGUGUAAAUACAGUAGUCAGCCCUUCCCCAUGUACAUAAAGACAUCAUUGUCAUAUAGCUUUACUUGUUGAUAUAUACAUAUAUGAUAUAUGACUUUGUUUCCUGUCCAUAAAUGUUAAUAUGAAUAGAGUGUUAGAGAAUGAAUGUAAGAAAUGCAUAUUAGUCUUAAAAAUAUCUAUAAAGAAAUAUAUACAUCAGAUAAUAAUGAAAGAAUAUGAAUAUUUCAUUCCUCUUUGUGGACUGUGUGUGUGUGUUUUGGGGAAGUUGUGUUUGUGUUUCUCUGAUAUGAAAUGUUAACUGUGGGAAUCCUGAUCAAUCUUCUCUCCUCUUCCUAUGUACAAAGUGUUUUCAUGUGUUUACAUGGACUGAUAUGAAGGACUAUAUUUUUAUUCCGAAAAAAGUUUUCUUGCCAGUGAGAUCAUUUUUAUUUGUGUUCGUCCCGUUUCAUUUCUUCUGCCAAACUGCUUGGGAGGGAAAACUUUGGCUUCAGUCAAGUUUAGUUUUUGCUUUACUGAUUUUAAUUGUUUUGGUAAAGCAUGGCAGUGUCUUUGGGUGUUUAGUUGGUGUCCGUUUCUGUGUGUGGCCUGUGCGUGGGUGUGUGACUUUGAAUACGUGUGUUGUUGUUUGCUGCAAAUAUUGUGAGAGGGACACUCCUGAAAGCACAGCACUGUUUCAGGUGGACAGCCACCCUGAGAGUCACACGAUAUUGUUGGUCAAAGUGCACGCCGAGGAGAAAAUUGUCCUUAUUUGCCGGGCAAAAGUAGCAUUUACAUGUUUGCACCAAGUGUGGGGAAACCAGCGGCCAUCAUUAAAACUCUAAAUAGGGUGUAAUGGUACACAGAAAUCACGCUUUGGUACGUAGCUCAGUACGGCGGGUCACGGUUCGGUACAAUAGGGAAAACAAAAAGGUUUUUUUUUUUUUAAUCACAGAAUUUGAAAGUUCGUUCCAUUGGCUAAAACUAAAAAGCAGCUCUCAUUAAAGUGAAAAAUAGAGGAAACUGAGGUGAAAGUCAGGUAGCCCUCACCAACUUGGUAACUUUUAAAUGAAAAUAAGAUACAGGUUUACCUCUUCAUACAAAGUUAAUUCGUUCCAGGACCUUGUUUGUAAGGCGAAAUGGUCAUAUGUCGAGCAGGAUUGUCCCAUAAGAAUACAUAGUACCAAUAAUUCGUUCCACAGUCCGAAAACCUGCACUAUAUCUUUAAUAAAUUCUGCUGAUACAAUUACAAAUGGCCAUUACACACAGCAAAAUAAAUAAAUUAUAAAUAAGAAUCAGAAUCGGGUUCUAAUGUGGCGGAUUUGGUUUGCGUGCUGUACCUGCUAGCACAGCGUGGUUGACGUGACAGAGUGUGAUAGGUGCGGUAGAGAUUUCACUUUCUCUUUUAAUGUUCUGUUGUUGUUGUUGGCGUCGGCUGCAGCGGACAGUAGGCAUGUUGUGUUGCACAACUUCUGAAAUAAAUGAUUAAAAACCUGCCGAAGCUGUCGAUUUCUUUGGCGAUGUUUCAUUAGUAAUAACUCGCCGUGCGUCCGUCUUGCGGCAAAACAAAGAAACUGCGGCACUGUCAUAUCAUCGUCGUAUUUCAAGCAUGCCGCCAGAUGUAGACACAAAUGGCGAGUCAAAUUUUACAUCGGAUGUUGAAAAGAUCGUGUGUCGAAGCACCACUGUACUACCAUUUGCAAUGUUGGAUUGCACACAGUUAACUGUAAAACAUUAGCAGUAAACAUACACUCCCACAUGAGAUUUUUUUUUUUUAUUGGCUAAAAUAAAAAAUUAAUUCUCAGUGUUUUAAUGACCUCAGCCUAGAGCUAGAGCAAAAGAAACAUUUCUUUAUUUGAAAAUAUAAAAUAAAUACGCUUCAAAAAGUGUGAGUAAUAAAGCAUUUGAUAGUUCCCACUCCGUACAUUCGCCAUAACGUUCCUUCUUUGUUGGUUUUUGUUUGUCGUCUUUUUCCCGUAAUGUCGUUUGUUGGACUCUGCGCAUUACCUCCACCGCCCCCUGGAGUAAAGGAGGACUAACUUCGAUAUGUUUUUUUUUUUUAAUUUAAACUGAAACAUUAGUUGCCGUCUGACUGUGUGCACCGAACCGUGAUGCCCCUACCGUGAAAGUACAGCACGAAUACAAAUACAUUCUUAACUCUAAAAGCAAAUUAAAACAUCAAGUGGUGAGGAAUGUCGUAAAAACACACGUAUUCCCAGAAAUAUGUUUAGAUUCUCAGUAACAAGGGACAGCUACAGUAAUUUGAGGUACUCCUCUUCCACAAAACUAUUUUCCACCAUUUUGUGGCAGCUGUAAAGCUUUUAGGUUGUGGGUGUCAAUUUAUUCCGACGAUACAUAGGUUGGAGACGAUGACACUAAAGACAGUGUAGCUUUUUUUUCAUUGGUGCAAUUCUGAUCCUUUCAACACUGCCUUCUGGUGGUCGAGUAAUAGCAAGUGUAACAACCAUCCCUGUUCUCCCCUAAUCAAAAUUUUGGAAUUUUAGGGACCCAAGAAAUGUGAUUUAUAAGAGUCUUGAGGCAACCUAGAGCACUAGGAACCCUGCAAGCUGCAGCAAAUAUGCCCUUGCACCAUCUCAAAAAUUAGUAAGAGUCGAUUUAUUUCCUCCUUAGAUUCCUGCCAGCAGGGGUGCUUUCUUUAGCAUUUAUGGAGUUGACAUAUUAGUUUCAUAUUCAAUGGAGAGUCAUCAAACUUCGAUGCCAUGAAUCACACACUCACAUCUGACUAAAACAUCCUCAUAAUUAGUCUCACCCUGUCUGUAGUGUGCCGUUCCAAUUUGUUUCCAUUCAGACAAUAGUGUGUUGUUUCAGUUCGUUAGCAAUCAGAUAAAAUGCGUACUGGAAAAAAGGCUAAAAUGACCCAAAACUCUGCUUCAAAAUAAAAUGGCUGACGGAAUCAAGUCUGCACAUGCAGAGGAUAGAAGAUCGAAUAGUCCAUUGAAUGAGAAGGCAGCCGAAAGCAUACAGUUGUCCACAAUGUCUCUAUUAUGUAUCUGUUGUCGCAUAUUUUCCUGUUUAAGAAUAGUCCUCCUUAUUUGAAAAAGCAAAAUGUAUUACCCCAAGUUGUUAAAUCCAAAAAGUAGAGACCUUAUUCAUUGCCCUCCAUUUUGUCAGAGUCAUUAGCGGUUUAAACCUAUGCAACUCCCGAGCAUGGCACUAAAAGCACGCGAGUGACAAGCAGGCAGUGCAAUUCACGCUGAAGCAGAAAUCCCCUCUGAUGUUGAGCUGUUUUUUUUUCUUUCCCCCAAGCCCCCUCAUUUGUGUUCAUGGCCCACAAACUCGUCAGCUGUGCUCUUUUCUUGUGCUCCUUCUAUUUUUGUGACAUCGUUCUAAAGGGAUGGCCAAAUAAAAUGCAAAUGUGAAUAUCA